AGCAUCUAAAAAAAAAAAAAAGAACAUAAUCCUGUGAAAACGGCUCGUAUAUGAUUUAAAAGAGACUUAAUAGUUUCCCUAUAUUUAGUUCAUUUUGUGUUUCAUUUGGCUGGACUUAACGACUGCUCCUUUGAACUAUGUCGACGUCUUCUGGCACGAAAAGGAAGGGUGUGGCGAAGAAAAUGGCGGAUAAUGCUACAACUUCAAACCUGCUAUUUGACAACUGCCAUGACUAUUUCAUAAAUGGGGGCGGCGUGAAAUUGCAUCUCAUGAAUGAAGAAGUUUUUCCUUCCCUGCCAGUAACACCGGAGAAGCCUCCCACCAAGAAAGAACGCAUCACUGAGAUGGAGAGAUAUUCAAGACGAUGGAACCUGAGACUGCAUGGUGUGGCCAAGCGUGUGGAGGACAGAGAUGUACGUGAAGAGGUGAUCCGAGUUUGCCAGGCCCUGCUGCCGUCUGAUGCUGAACGGCUCCCGAAUGUUAUCGACACCGUGCACCGCGUUGGAGUGAAGAAGCCGAAAGGUAACAGGACAUUCAGCAGGUCUUGGACCUGUUAUCUCCACGCCAUCUGGAAGUGAUGGAGGCAUACAUGUACAAGAAGGAAGAGGCCGGAAUCUUCGCCCAGAUGGAGAAGGAAGAGGCCAGAAUCCUCGCCCAGAUGGAGAAG